CGCCCCUCCAGCGCGCGCCGGCGUCGGCUGCGUCUCCGGGCAUUUGAAUUGCGCUUCCGCCAUCUUUCCAACUCUCAGUCAGACGGCCCGGGAGACGCUUCUGGAAGUCACAUCGCCAUGGCCGCCCAAGGAGAACCCCAAGUUCAGUUCAAACUCGUGUUGGUUGGUGACGGGGGGACUGGGAAGACCACGUUCGUGAAACGCCAUCUGACGGGUGAAUUUGAGAAGAAGUAUGUAGCCACCCUGGGCGUGGAGGUCCACCCGCUGGUGUUCCACACCAACCGAGGGCCCAUCAAGUUCAACGUGUGGGACACGGCGGGCCAGGAGAAGUUCGGCGGGCUGCGGGACGGCUACUACAUCCAAGCCCAGUGUGCCAUUAUAAUGUUCGAUGUCACUUCGAGAGUUACUUACAAGAACGUGCCUAACUGGCACAGAGAUCUGGUACGAGUGUGUGAAAACAUCCCCAUCGUGCUGUGUGGCAACAAAGUGGAUAUUAAGGACAGGAAAGUCAAAGCAAAAUCUAUUGUCUUCCACCGAAAGAAGAACCUUCAGUACUAUGACAUUUCUGCCAAAAGCAACUACAACUUUGAAAAGCCCUUCCUCUGGCUUGCUAGAAAACUGAUCGGAGACCCUAACCUAGAGUUUGUUGCCAUGCCUGCUCUCGCCCCUCCGGAGGUUGUCAUGGACCCAGCGUUGGCGGCGCAGUAUGAGCACGACCUCGAGGUCGCCCAGACCACCGCUCUCCCGGAUGAGGACGACGACCUGUGAGAAAGGGAAGCUGGAGCCCAGCGUCAGAAGUCUAGUUUUAUAGGCAGCUGUCCUGUGAUGUCAGUGGUGCGGCGUGUUUGCCACUUUAUUAUAUAGCUGAGCAGAACCUGUGCUUGAUCUUUGGGAUGCUGACAGAGAUGAAUGGGCUUCGGAGUGAGUGUGGCAGUUUAAAAAUACCUUCAUUUGUUGGACCUGCAUACUUAGCUGUUUUGAAACGCAGUUGUUUCUUUAUUGAGUUUCCACUCUAAGACUGCUGCAGCCGCAUCACAAUAUUCAGUGGUGAAACUUUGUUUGUUAACUGUCAUUCCCAUUCCUUUCGUUUAGAACCAGAAUAAAGUUGUAUUUCAAAUAUCUAA